AUGGCACCAAUCCCCAAAUUCAGAGACGAACACGCAGGGCGCACCCCCAAGGAUUCCACCGAAUCGCUAAUGGGCCACCAAGAGGAGGAGGAGGAGCAACAAUGGCAGAACAACCAGAAUCGUCGCCGCUCGCACGUGCAGCGCAUCUCGGACGCCAUCAGCCCCUGGCGCUGGCUGGUGGACGGCGUUUUAUUCUUUGCAAUCAUCGGCCUGCUGCUCGAGAGGAGAUCGAGCAUUGCACGCAGCGGGUACUGCGAGUUUGAGAGCACGGGAGACAUCACAGGGUUCGCGCCCAAGGUCUCGCAGCAGAUAAAAAAAUUCGUGCCCGACUUUAGCUACUUCCCCGACAACGCGAGCGAGUUCUCCUCGCCGGCCACGAAGCAGAAAUGGUUGGACUUGGUGCCCAAGGGCCUGGGCUACGUCAAGGUCGACCACCCGGAGAGGCACAACAACCUCCCUCACAGGCUGGUUGCGUUUCCGAAAAACACGACGGCGUUCACGACAUCGGUGACGCAUCAGCUGCAUUGCCUGCACGCAAUUGCAGCAACGUACAACAACAUGCUCAUCAACAACACCAACUCGAGCCCCAACCCAGAUGACAUGGCGCCCUGGCACAUUAACCACUGCUUUGAAUACCUCCGUCAAACCAUCAUGUGCUGCGGCGACACGGCGCUCGAGGGCGAGGCCACUACGUUCCCCGAGAACGAGACGGGCAGCGAUGGCUGGGACGCCACGCACAUCUGCAAGAACUAUGAUCAAAUUCAUUCGUAUCUCGAGGAGAAGCGGGCUUUGGAUGAAGUUUGGGUUUGA